AUUGCCAAGCCCGCGAACUUGUUUUUUCUAAAGCCCUCGCACCCUAAUUUCUUCUCCAGGGUUUUAACAAAUCGCCAAAUCCCCCAUCAGAACCCCGCCGCGGCCGUCACCACCACUACCGCCGGCGGCCAUGAGUCUAGUAGCAGGUUCCAACGAAAGAUUCAUCUGGGGAUUUAAACUCAAGCCCGUAACCAGCGAACAAUCUCUAACCUUAGUUCCCCUCUUCUCCUACCCAUCCCAUCAAUCCGCAAUCCUCUCAGCCGCCGCCGCCGGCCCAAUCGCCGCCUCUGGGUCCUCCGACGACACUAUCCACCUCUACGACUUACCCUCGGCUGCCUCCCUCGGCUCCCUCUACCAGCACACGGCUUCCGUCACUGCCCUCUCCUUCUACACCCCACCUUCCCUUUCCUUCCCCCGCAACCUAAUCUCCGCCGACGCCGAGGGAUAUGUUUGCAUCUUCGACGCCGACCCUUUUGUCCACCUCAAGACAGUGCGGGCCCACAAGAAGCGGAUCAACGACUUGGCUGUCCACCCUUCGGGGAAGUUGGCGCUUUCUGUUGGGAGGGAUGACUGCUUGGCGAUGUUGAAUUUGGUGAGGGGGAGAAGGAGCUUCUAUUGCAGGCUUGGGAGGGAAGCUAGCUUAGUCAGGUAUGGCUUGGAUGGAGAAAAGUUUUUCAUGGCGACGGAGGAUAGAGUUGGGGUUCAUGAAGCUGAAGAUGCCAAGCUUGUGACUGAGCUUCAAUGCCCCAAUAGGGUUCUUUGCGCCUCCCCUGGAGAGAAUGGGCUUCUAUUCACUGGUGGGGAGGACAAGAAUAUUACAGCAUGGGAUACCAAAAGUGGGAAGGUUGCUUACUGCAUUGAAGAUGCUCACAAAUCCCGUGUUAAAGGUAUAGUAGUGCUCACCAAGAACAAUGGUGGUGUUGAUGACCCGUACCUAUUAGCAUCAGCGUCUUCAGAUGGGGUUGUACGUGUGUGGGAUGUUCGUAACUCCAUGAAGGAAGAAAAGGCUAAUCCAUUAGCUGAGGCAAGCACAAAUGCGAGGCUUACUUGUCUUGCUGGAUCAUCUAUCAAAUCUUUGAAACAGGCACGGGCAAUAUCUAAUGGUAACUUGUCAGAGGACCACACUGCUCAAAAGAAUCCUGAGUGAAUAUCUCGCUCGACCUCUGGCGAGGAGUCAUAAGCUACCAUGGAAGUUUAAGUUUGAUAGGUGGAUGGCAGUGGUUAGUGGAUUAGGUAUCAUUGGUGGGAAGAGAAUCGAUUCUGACAAUGUGGAAUCCUUGUUUUGUAAGCAUUAACGGAGGCAGUGUGAGGAUGAUUAUAGAGUUGAUGAGCUGGUAUCUGUAGGUCCUCAUUUUGUUAUGUUGAUGCAAGUUUUGACAUUGAGCUAUCGUGAUGAAAGUUAUGGGGCGGAAGGUAGGAUUAUAAAGGUGUCGAUUAUAUAAUGUUUGUUCAAAGAAA